CUGUAACCUCAGUCUUCUCUAAAUCGGACACGAACCCCUACUCGACGCGACAAGAUCCUAGUUUGAAGGAGCUUGUCUUGGUCGAGAUUCCUAUUCUUCCACUCUCGAGUUGGAGUUUCAAUAAAGCAAAGCCUUCACGGAAGGCGCUCGAGAGGAAAACGUCAUGGCGGACGUCAAGAGCAAGAACCUCUACGAGCUAUUGGGCAAUACCUCGGACCAGGAUUCUGACCGCGAACCUGAACCACCGACCAAAGCAGUUGAUAAAACGGCAGCGCGAGUUGGCAAGCGCGAUGCUCCAAAAGCAGCACCGACUGAUGCAUCCUCUGCUCGCGGUCGCGGUGGCCGAAGAGGUGGAUUCACUGGCAGCGAAGCAGCAUUCCGCGAUAGAGCCACUGGCCGUACGUACAACCGUGAUCAACCAACUGAAGGCGAGGGUGCGGAUGGUUUCGGCAACAGACCAGGUCGCACUCAAGGCUCGGCUGGCACACGACGAGGUGGUCGCGGCGGUCCUGCCCAGCGUCGCGGUGGCGAUCGACACGUGAACCGCACCGGCAUUGCCGAACACCCUAAGCAGGCCGGUCAUGGCUGGGGCGAAGCUACCGGCGAGGGCGAAUGGGCCGAUGAAAAAGCCGGUGAAGCAAUCGCCAAGCAAGAAGAAAAGGAAGGUGGAUGGGACGCAGGUACUCAGGCCGAAGGCUGGAACGAGAAUGCUGAGCCAGUGGCCCUUCCCGAGGGUGGCGAGGCUGUUCCCGACGCUGAUGCCGAAGCCGAGUCCAACCACAAGUCCUAUGCCGACUAUCUGGCCGAGAAGGCGGCUCAGAAGCUCCAAGGUCUUGGUCUCAAGGAGGCUCGCGCACCCAAUGAGGGCGCAAAAGAGGACAAGAAGUGGAAGUCGGCCAAGGAGUUGACCAAGGAAGAAACCGCCGACUACUUCAAGGGCGAAGAAAAGGCCAGACGAGAGCGUGAGCGUGCUACCAAGAAAGAAUUCCUCGACAUCGACUACACUUUCAAGGAGCAGCCUCGCGAGACUCGUGGACGUGGUGGUCGCGGUGGCGGUCGUGGCCGUGGUGGCAGCGAUCGUGGUGACUUCCGUGGCCGUGGCCGUGGACGUGGUGACCGUGGAGAGUUCCGUGGACGUGGCCGUGGAGGUCGCGGCAGUGAUGCUCCAGGCGUCGCCGUCAACGACGAGUCAGCCUUUCCCAGCCUUGGUGGAAAGUAGAUUACCACAACACACUACCCAACGCAGCAACCAUACAUCACCUUCAGCACCUUCAACACCGACUUUUGUACUAGUGAAAAGCAGACUCAUUGACUCGAAGCGCCAGUUUGAUGGCGAUUUCGGAGGGACGAGCGGUCACUUCCAGGGAAGAAUUCGGGAUUUGAACUUUAUCAGAAACAAAAAAACACUGCAACUCUAAAAGCAUCGGGUGCAAUAGUUUAUGGGUAUAGGAGGGAAUUUGUUCUACGCUCUCAAGCAGGACCUAUGGCUUGGAAUCGUGUAACAUAUGCUUCCUGAAUUCAUGAAGACUAUUGUUCUUGAGAGAAUGAAAUUUCAGUUGAUCAUCUA